AUGUCCCGCCCCGUCUCCCCCAACAGCAACGGCGACAAGACGGCCCGCUCGUCCUUCUCGUCUGUCCGAGAGAACGACGAUGGCCUAGCUCAGACUUUCACGCGUUCCAAGAUUUCCUCCUACACUCAAGGGACGGAAGAGGUAUUCGAUGAAUCACCCUCACCCUCCGUUGAGAUUCAACAGCCGUCCUUUGGGGCUCCUCUGACGCAGCCUCACAGUCGGCUUCAUGGCUUCUGGUUCCCAGCGGAUAGCUUUCGAGGCUGGAAGCAGAUCCCCAUCAAGGGCAAGUCUGCCAGCCGCAGCUGCGAGGAUCUUCACAAGCUGUCCAUGACAUGGAGUUCCCCAGCAUCUCCCGCUGUCGAAGAGAAGGCAUUCCCCGAAACCUAUCAGACCGGAACAUCUCCCCUCGAGCGACUCCCCAGCGAAGUUUUGGGUGCCAUCAUCGACCUUCUCGUCAUCGAGAUUCCCCCGAAUGGCCUUACGCCGCGAAAUGCCGACCUUAUGGCUCUUCUUUUGACUUCGCGAUCCAUCCAUGCCGCGACGCUCAACACCCUCUAUCGCCAUAUUACGAUUCCUCACUCUCGAAUCUUCCGAAAGUUCCUCGGAACAAUUACCGAGUACCCCGCCCUGGCUUCAAUUGUGCGAAGGCUCGACUUCAGCCACUUCAACCCCUCCACCAUCUUCUCCACUGCGAGCGAGAGAGCUCAGACUCGAAACUUGACUUCCGAGACCCUUUACAGAUGUCUCGAGCUAACCCCAUACCUGCAGGAGUUUUUGGCCCAAGAGCAUAUCGAUGAGGAUCUGGGACCCGAUGUGAUUAAGAAGCUCUUUUUCGACAUGCCCCGGCUCCGGGCCAUCGACUUUUGCGGUUGCUCCUCUCCUUUUUUCAAAAACUCUUUCACGAGCCUCCUCCAGGCGCAGUGGCCCGAAACACUGACCCUUACUCGUGUCUCGUUCCACAAGUGCCUGAACUUGCCAGGUUCCGUAUUCGAGGCCAUUCUACCUCGACUCGAAAGAGCCACCCACCUGGAUCUCGCAGGAACCAGAGUCACCGACAAGGCGUUGCAGAGCUUGCCUGAGACGGCGAGACUUACUCACCUGAACUUGGCCAAGUGCCGAGAGUUGACCUCUGAAGUGGUUGUCAAGUUUGUCACCACGCAUCCUGCGAUCACUCACACCAUCACUGUCCUGAGCCUUGCUACCAACGCUAGCAGCCACCUCCUGCUGGGUAAGGCUGAUAUUGAUGCUAUUCUACCUCGAUUGCCACAUACACUUCGAUCGCUGAGUCUCAAGGGAAGCAGAAUGGACCCUUCCCAGCUUCCUCUGCUCACCCCUCUGGUCCAGCACCUUGAGGAGCUUGCUAUCGGCCGAGGCCUCGAUCUCCGUGACAUCCACCAGCUCCUGUACCAAGCCCAGGAGUGGGUUCCACACACCCUCCGAUACCUUGAUAUCUCCGACCUGGACACUAUCAUCGGUAGUGCCAGCGCACUUCUUACCCCCGCCUCUGCUCCACUGCAGGUUAUCGAGCUCGAGGAGCGUGCAUACGAGCGAGCGGCCAAGGCGAAGAAGAACCUUGAGCGCGCGGGAUGGACUCCGAAGGAGUUCGGCAGCCGAUACUGGCUAGUCCGCAUGAACACCGACGUAACUGCUACUCUUGACUGCGGCGCCCGGUGGUGGAAGCUGGGCGCUGAGAGCUGGGGUAUGAGGAAGAUCCCGGUUGCGGAGGCCGACGUCGGCGGAAUGUAUGGCACAUUCAUGUUCGGCCGAAGGCUGUAA